GGACUAGUGAGCAGUGCCAAGUGUGGUACCUGAGCUGCUAGCUGUGCUGGGGCGGCAGGCGAGGAGAGAGGGAGAGAAGACAGAAGAGGAAGGUAUGGAGCAGGCUAUUGUGCCUGUUGAGGGUGCUGCCGUCUCUCCUGCCUGAUUGAUGCUAUAUAUUUGUGCUGUACUUGCUGCCUGAUUGAUGUAUGUUGCUGUUUAGUUGCCUUCGACAAUGGGAAAAAUCAAAGUGAGUGGAAAAAGAGUGCAGUUAGAAAGGGCUUUAUUUCUUAACAGGGUGAUGCUGUGACGAGAGUUGAUCCGGGUCUGAGGAGCCUGCAGAACCAGUGCCUUCAUUUAAACUCCAGGUCUGUAACACAAGGAAGAGCACAGGCAGUUUUGGACUUUAAAAAUGAACUCUAAUAGGUCAAUGAAGCAGCCCUGACGAAGAAGCAGCUGGGAAUAUGAGCAGCGCAAAUCGACAGGUGUGAGCAUUGCAUACCUUCAUGCACCCGCCGUAUGCUACAUCUGUAAUAGAGGAGAGUCACAGCCCCAGACAUGGACUCUCUUGUGCUCACACGUGCAAAGCUUUUGAACGGGUUGCUGUUGCUGUUGACUCUGGUAUGCCCUUCUGCUGCUGUUUAUGCAGAUGAGCCCAAUCUGAACAGUAGUUUCUUGCCUCACUAUGAACCUGACCAUGGGGGAGCUGUUGGCUCUGUACAAGAUGCAAGGCUGCACGUUUUCACAGUUGAUUAUGGCUAUGUGCAAAUUCCUUGUGAAGUUACUCUUUGGAUACUCCUUGCCUCCCUUGCAAAAAUAGGUUUUCAUCUCUAUCACCGAUUACCAAGACUCAUGCCUGAAAGUUGCGUGCUGAUUGUCAUUGGAGCAUUAGUUGGAGCGAUCAUUUUCGGUACUGAUCACAAAUCCCCACCAGUGAUGAACACGAGUAUUUACUUCUUGUAUCUCCUUCCACCUAUUGUUCUGGAGGAGGGUUAUUUCAUGCCAACUCGCCCAUUUUUUGAAAACUUUGCAUCCAUCUUGUGGUGGUCUGUGCUGGGAUCUCUUCUGAACUCGUUUGGGAUUGGCCUUUCCCUCUAUGGAGUCUGCCAGAUAGAAUCCUUUGGCCUGAGUGACCUGAACCUGCUGCAGAACUUACUCUUUGGAAGCAUGAUUUCAGCUGUUGAUCCUGCUGCAGCUCUGGAAGUUUUUGAAGAAGCCUCAGUCAAUGAGCAGCUUUAUAUGAUGAUUUUUGGAGAGUCAUUGCUAAAUGAUGGCAUAACUGUGGUGUUAUAUAACAUCUUCAUCGCCUUCACCCAGAUGCACAGAUAUGAAGAGAUCGAACCCAUCGAUAUUCUUGCUGGCUUUGCUCGCUUCUUCGUGGUUGGACUGGGUGGUGUGCUGUUUGGCAUCGUCUUUGGAUUUGUUUCAGCAUUCAUGACUCGAUUCACCCACAACAUUUCUGCUAUUGAACCCCUGCUGGUCUUCAUGUUCAGCUAUCUAUCAUACUUGUCUGCUGAAAUCCUUUACAUCUCAGGCAUUUUGGCGAUGACAGCAUGUGCAGUGACUAUGAAAAAAUAUGUGGAGGAAAACAUUUCCCAGAAUUCCUAUACGACAAUAAAGUAUUUCAUGAAGAUGCUAAGUAGCAUCAGCGAGACACUGAUUUUCGUGUUCAUGGGAGUGUCGACAGUUGGGAAGAACCACGAGUGGAACUGGGCCUUCAUUUGCUUCACUCUGCUUUUCUGCCUUAUUUGGCGGGCACUGAGUGUAUUUGCUCUCUUCUACAUCAGUAACAAGUUCCGAACGUAUCCCUUCUCCUUCAAAGACCAGCUCAUUAUUUCCUACAGUGGCCUUCGAGGAGCCAGUAGCUUCUCUCUUGCAUUCCUGCUUCCAGUGAAUCUCUUCCCUAGAAAAAAUUUGUUCAUUACUGCUACACUUGUAGUUACAUACUUUACUGUGUUCAUCCAGGGAAUCACAAUUGGUCCAUUGGUCAGAUAUCUAGAUGUUAAAAAGACCAACAAAAAGGAGUCCAUCAAUGAAGAAAUUCAUGUGCGAUUGAUGGAUCACUUGAAGGCCGGUAUUGAAGACAUAUGCGGACAUUGGAGUCACUAUCAGCUGAGAGAUAAAUUUAAAAAGUUCGACAAUAAGUAUCUGAAGAAAAUCUUAAUUCGGGAACGCCAGCCCAAAUCCAGCAUUGUGUCACUGUACAAAAAGUUGGAGAUAAAACUGGCCAUUGAAAUGGCUGAGAGUGGCGUGAUAAGUUCAACAGCAUCCACAGCUUCUUUACAGAGCUGCAGAAAUUGGCGAGUACAUAGGCUCUCCCCUGCAGAGGUGGAGUCCAUGAGAGAUGUCCUGGCACAUAAUCUGUAUCAAGUGCGACAAAGGGCACCAUCAUAUAGCCGACACAACCUGCCUACGGACACAAAUGAGAAACAAGCCCAAGAAAUCCUCAUCCGUCGACAGCAUAGCCUGAGGCAGAGUUGCAGGAAAGGAAACAGCUUACCUUGGGGUAGACCGGCUAGCACCAUGGGCGUACGCUACCUCUCGUUGCCACAUGGCUACCAUCAGCCUGCUAGACGAAAAGCCAGGCGUGUGACUUUUACAGGAGAUGAAAGCAAAAGUGAUCUGUGCAGGCAAACUGCCCCCUGGGGCUUGCUUGGCACAUGCACAUGUGAUGGAGACAGAACAGAAACCUAUAGGAUCUAUUCAGAAAGGAAAGUCAAAGUUACUUAAGGGUUUGGUUUUUUUUUCUGAUGAAGUGACUCUUUUCUGUGCUGCUUGUCAGGAUGUCAUGGUGGGGUAUGUAUCUUUCUAAAAGAUUCAAAUUGUUCUGUGCAGCAGCCUUGGACUUAAAAACAUUUCAGACACUUUCAGGAACCAAGUCCUGCUCUCAGAAAUAGGUCCAUUAUUUCAGUGGGGAAAGGAGUAAAUCCUGCAGCAGUGAAAGAGCGUACAUUUACACUAAUAGCUGGCCCUGGAUUUAAGCUCUAUGUUGUGCACUAUACAAAUAAUUAGACUUCUUGGCUGUGCUUCUGGCAUCAAGUUAGGUCCCCCAGGCAGCAUUCACACCACUUAGGAUGUCUACAGUAAGAGGAAGUCACCCUAAACUCCUCUCAUAAUCUAUGUUAGGAUGAGAUGAUUUGCACUAGGGAACUGAGAAGAGAAAUACUGAAUAUAUAGGAAAUUAGAAUGACAACCUCAUUUAUACACAUUUGCAGAGCUAAGUGCCAUUUCCUCUGCCUAUGCCUGGAAGCCCUCCUAAAACAAGCACCCUCUGGGCAAGCUUGAUUUGGCUAUGCAAAAAAUACGCGUAUGCAAAAAGUUUAGUAUCUAAGAGGUCAAAAGUAGCUUAAACUGCCUAUCAGUUCUUCUUGCCAUUCAUACCAAUGAAUGAGUUAAUUACUGGUAUGCAUCAUGCUCUGAAGCAAUGAUGUCCCCAAAGGGCUAAGUAGAAAAUAAUCCUUAUCAUAACCUUUUCCCUUUCAAAUCUGAAAAUAGCUAUCCUGUUUUGUUCCUCCUGGGGCAACUGUGGUUUGCCCACAUGGUCUACCAGAAACAGGGCUCAGCUGUUAAUGAAAUCAGUGCCCUGUUCAGCUGAGGUAAGUGAUGGUGCACAUGUUCUUAGUCUGUGCCAGCUGUGAAGUAAACAUUAGCUUAAAAUAACUUAACCGAGGUUAAGCCAUGAUAGGCCUUGUCUUGUGUGUCUGUACCCAAUAUAUGUAUGUUUUAACUAAUUUUAUUAUUCAGGGACCCUUGAUUUUAACUCCUGACAUUUCCUAGCUUAUUGUGAGUUGUUUUUUAUAUUAAAAAGCUAAUUCAUUAGUGCACAAUCAGACAGCAAGUGGGCUGUAAUUAAGAAAAGUAAAAAAAAGUAUAUUCUAUAAGCCCAACGGAAUAAAAGAACCAGCUAUGGCGUACUUGGAGCUUGGAAAGCUGGCAGGAGCAGGUCUGACACACCCAAUGUAAUCGAAGCACCGUAGAGUCAAACUUCUGGUUUCAGGUAGAACUGUUUUUGUUUUUUUCCCCCCACUUCUUGUUGAUUAUAGGUGACUGGUAAACCUGAUUUUCAGUGACGCUAGAAUCUGUUCCUUGGUCACUUUUUGCCUUCUGUUGUGGGUUUUAUAAUCCCUUUGAACUGCCUGUUAGGUAUACCUGUUAAACUUGGAAAAAACUGAAAGCUACGUAAAGGAGACUGCCCUGUGAAGGCAACAGCAGCUCUUCAAGGUGCUAACGGAUAGUUGAAUGUGCUCAUUCACUGGUAUUUCAGAGUAGAGGCAAGAUCAAUAAAAUCAUUUCUACAUCAGCUUUGGGAAUAAAAUAAAAAUUUAGGGUUAUUUUUAGUUUUCUUGAGUACUGUCUUAUUCUAUAGUAAUUAUUUAAAAUGCUUCAGUUCCAGUGUUUAAAACUGUAACGCUGUAUUAUCCUGAAUACCCUUUAAUUUGUCAUUGCUAAUACAACAGGGCUUCUCUUUCUCUUGUUGCUAAUACAAAUCCUUUGUCUUUUUUCCUUCAGAUAAUCAUAGCAGUGACUCUGAUUCUGUGUUUCCGGUAGCAUUCAGACCCCAGACCCGACUACGGCCUCUUGAAGUAAAGCACCGCCAGGAAGAGGUUAUUCCAAUGGCACGCUUAGAUAGACUUGCUGGCCCAUCCAAUC